AUGCAGUAUUGGAUGGUAGACGAAGACGAGUACCGAAAUGUUCUAAAUAAAACUGCAAGGCUAGCCGAACUCUCGCGAAAGCGAAAAAACCACGCAUACGUAGAGGAAUUUCUAAAAGGGUGGGAAGCCCUGUUCGCGUACGGAACCUACACAUUCGAAGGGGAGGUAGACUCCAACUUUUCAUCAUCUGAUGCCUGGAAGCUGAUGCAGGAUCCUGAAGACGCACAUCUUGACGAAAAGACGAAAAGUUUCAAAAGGCAGAUGAUAAACUUUAUGCGCGCUCUAAAAUGGAUGCAGUGCUGCGGACGUCUCACACCUGACAAAAUCCAAACUAUCCAUGAAAUCAUGAUGCGCGUGGAAAAACACAGGGGCGGCAAACCCGUGCUGACAGGGAAAUACAGGACGACUAAGGCAUUCGCUGGUUUUCACGAAUUUGCCCCUGUUUCUGCAAUCCCAAGGUUAGUGAUAGACGCCCUGGAUCGAUACUACUUUACAGAGACUGACGAUCUGAUAUGGAACGCGGUGAGGUUGUUUAUGGACUUGAUUAAUACCCAUCCAUUCGAAGAUGGGAACGGGAGGCUAUGUAGGCUCGUUAUUUCCCACGUACUUGUGGAGAGUGGAAUGAGUCUCUUUCCGGUUUUGCUUAGCUCGUUCCACAAACGCGGCAGGCGCCAUUACCUUCAGGCUGUUAUAAGGUUUGAAAAGAGACCAUCGUUAUUUUACACGAUGGUCUGUAGGUCUUUGGUGAAGGUGGAGGAUGAAUCGUCCCCCAUCUGGUCACCCCCUCUAGAGACCUCAGAUAAAGUCUUUUUGUCUUCAUCUUUUUCCAAGGUCUCACCUUACAAAUAA